AAAUUCAAAUGUACGCACGCUUCCACUGCUCUCAUAUAUGGCGCACUUAUGAUUUCCAUACAAAUAUAUUUGGUAUUGGCUCUAAUCUAUAGUGGUAUGAGGAAUAUUUUUGGUUCAAGUCGUGCAUAAGUGGGAAAUAGAUUAAAGAAAAUGGUGGUGGAACUGAAGCCACUGACUUCAGUCGCGUACUAGUUGAUCACAAAAUAAGAUUUGCCUUGGCCGGCUACUUAUAGACGCAGAGGUCCGUUCAUGGGACAUACCACUAAUUAUCAAAUAAUGGAGAGGCUACUCAUGAUGACCAUAGCAAUAUGCUACCUCUGUGGUUGUAUAGUUGAACUCUCUGGUGAAGCUGUUGAGUCGCCUCAGUACACAGUGGUGCUUUCAGAAUCGGAUUUUGAGGUCAGGCUCUAUAGAGAAUCCGCAUGGAUGUCAGCUCAAGUCCGAGAAACAACUUCAUUCGAAAAAGCCACUAAAGAUGGCUUUCACAGGUUGUAUCAGUACAUUCAUGGUGACAACCUGAACUCGUCUCAGAUUACCAUCACGGCUCCGGUGUUAACAAGCAUUGUGCCAUCUGUUCAUGGACCUGAGUACUAUGUAAGGUUGUAUCUGCCUGCCAAAUUCGAAAGAACACCACCGCAGCCUUUCACUGAACUGAACUUGCAGUUAGAUAAGCGGAGAAGCCACUGCAUAGCAGUCAGAAAGUUUCCAGGGUUCGCUAAGGAUGAUGACAUUAAUGAAGAACUUGAAACUCUUAUGAGCAGCCUAAAAAAACACUUGAGUGGAAAACCAGGAAUCCUGAAAGAAAAGAAUGCUUAUGCAGUCGCUCAGUACAAUGCUUCGUAUCACCUUUCUGGGCGCUUGAAUGAAGUUUGGAUGGAUCUUUCGGGGUUUACUAUCAACUGCUGAGGAAUGCAUAAUGGUAAAAUAACGUCCUAGAGUUACGG